GUAGGAAUGACAUAUUUAGGUAUGGCAACACUAUAAAUACAUUUCUGAGAAUUCUUAAUUGCAUGGUGAUUGCCGCACCCUUUUUUGUCAUUGUUAAAAGUCCCUGGAGAGGGUAAAACACAGUUCUCUUGGGAAGCAGGUCUGUUUUCAGCAGCUGGUUCCUGAAGCAAGCAGAAUUCUAUUACAGACUGUGCUGGAACUGGGACGGCGUACCAGGGCAGGAUUUUGUCAACCUAGUGGGCAUAGAAACCCCUCACAGCUGCUGUCAGUAACGACCUCUUAAGCAGUUCUGAAAGCCUAAUGCCUGGAGUUGCAGAGAAGGUAUUUGCCUUCGUAGUUCAGCAUCUACCAUGAAGCCCUCUGCAGACGUGCUGGAGAUCAUAGCCUGCUCCAUCCUCAUUCUUGUGAGCUUCGUAGGAAAUGUAUGUUUAUUUUAUUCCACGAGCAAGUGCAUCACCGGGGGCCUGCAGACAUCCUUCCUUCUCAUUAUCAGCCUCGUGUUUGUCCACCUUAUGAAGAACCUGGUGGUGAACAUCCUUAAGAUCGUUUACUCGGCCGGGGUCUUGCUGGAUUCGGUCGGCUGCAAAGCUCUGCACUUCACUGCAGCCCUGACAACUUCCCUGGCCAUCUGGUUCAUGUUACAUUUUGCUCUGUUCUACCACCGGAAGCUUUACCAAAUUGUCUACCCCUUGAGUAGGGCAGCAAACCUGAACCAACAGAAGUACUCCUUGAAGGAGAUUUCUGCACUCUGGGUGGCUGGUGUAGCAGUGUAUAUUCCAGUGUUGGUAUACACUAAAAAACCAGAACACCCAAAUCCUGGAAAUGAUACAGCCUCCCUGCCUACUAACAGAAUUUACAUGGAUUGCUUAACUGGCUUUGGAAAUGAGCAGGUAGAGUUUUACUAUGGGAAAAUAUUUUUAGUUUUAAUUGAUAUUCUUCCCUUAGCCAUCUUAGUAUUUGUCUGUUUCUGGAUGGCUCUCCUCCUCCUGGAGAAGAAGAAAAUGACAUAUGGUGACAUCUGGAUUGGUGAUGAUGACUCAGAAACCGAGGUCCUUCGAGGGGCCAAGUUCAGUAUCUUGUUAAUGUUGCUGAUCACUCCUCUUUGGGUUUCUCACUUUAUCUUAGUCUAUUUCUUGAAGGACUUGGCAGCUUAUGCCUUUAUUCCAGCUGUGCUCACAGCCCUCUCCUCUGGCUUCUCUGCUCUUAGUCCUUUCCUGCUUAUGCUGGUUAAUUACAAAAUGAAGCUGGUGUCCUUCUGUGGAGUCCAACAGGAAAAAUCCACAGCACCGCCUGCAGACAUUAUUCUGUCUCCAUAUGCUUAAUGACUGAGUGAAGGGACCCAGGUGAAUCUCUGUGAAGCAGAUCCCAUUGCUGGGGAAAAUAGAUGCAGCUUUCAAAGCCCUCAAUAAAUUUCUGAAAAGACAGCUAGAAAACUGACUCCUCUAGAAAGUGAUUUCUUAGAGAGACUUUACAAGCAGAAGAACACUAAGUUGCUAUAAACUGAAGAAAGACAGCCAUUAUGAAAUUUGUCAGGACAGUGAAUCUCAACCUUCCUAAUAUUGCAAUACUUUAAAAGAGCUCACCAAGCAUAAAUUAUUUUGUGGCUAUUUUAUAACUGCAAUUUUGCUACUGUUAUAAUCAUAAUGUAAAUAUACGGUGUGCAGGAUAUCUGAUAUGUGACCCCAAAGGGGCCAUGCCCCACAGGUUGAGAACCACAUAUCUAGAAUAACACUGUGUUUUGUAACGGAGAAUUUCUAAAGAAAGUCAAUGACCUGUACAUGAGCUCGGCGUGGGCACCAUGUUAAGUAUUUACUUUGUGCAGUGUGUUGUACUUUAAAAAACGAUGUUGUUGAAACUGAGGUAAACUCUUCCUACAUGAAUUCCUCAAGAUGUUCCCGAGGAAACUGUGUUUAUCCUGUGCUUUCUCUGAACAAUCUCCCAAUGUAUUGGAGGUGCAUUAGGUGUGCAGUGCUCAGUGUUGGCAGUUUUCGUCAUAGGAUCUCAUGGAAGCUGGGAGGAGAUCUUUCUCAUUGUCCCCACCCUAGGUCUUUAGUAAAAUAUAUUGAGAUAAGAAGUAUUGAAUUAAAGUAUUGGUAUCUGCUUAAUCAUAUUCUCCAAGUGUGUAUGAUGUACAGAUAUUUGGUUGUUCUUGGCAUAUAACAUAUUCUCCUUGCUUAAUCAUAUAAACAUAAAACUGCAUUUUUUUUCUUCAGAAAAGAAAGGACAUUGAGUUUAUAGAUAAAUUAUUUCUGCUUUUGAUCUUUAAGUGGGUGCAUUCACAAAAGGCAACAAAUUAUCUUUAAAAAUCCUCAUAACAUUUUGCUACCUAGAAUUUGGAUUCAAUUUUAAAAGAGCAUUACAAUUUUAAUUAAAAUUAUACAGCUAGGUCUUUUAUUUAUUUAUUUGUAUCUGGUUGCUGUAAUCGCUUAACUCUUGGGAUACAAUAAAUAAUUAUUUUAAAUAUAUUUGCAAUUUACAUACAAAGCAGUACAUUUAAAUGUAAUUCUUAAUAAUGGUUUUCACUUUCUUGCAGUAGCAACAUAUCUGGGGAUUCUUCUGCAGUUCUAGUGAAUCAGCCUCUUGAAACUGAGAUUUUUGCUCUGAAAGGCUGUCAAAUUGCAAAUCUGAAUAUCAUUUACAGAAGAGACUUUAGAAUAUCUUAGUUGCUAGGCAGUGCUGCAAAGAAAGUAAAUUUCAAAGAAACCAAAGCCACAAUUCAGUAAGGUUUGUGCACCAUUGUGUGUCCCUUGUUUGACACUGAGAAUUUUUAAAAAGUCAGACUUAAGAGCUUCUGAGACUUCCGGGUGGUCUUCAUGGGAAAUGCUUAGCUGAGUCCACCGAGGCAGUUUAAUCAGAGGGCACCAGGCACGGAUCCUGGAUAAUGAAGUUAACAUCUGGAGAGAUGGAGGAUGUGGGGAAGAGGUCGCCAUCUUUUAAUUGACUGCAGAUGUAGCCAAAGCUAGGAAUAGCCAUUGAUCUUAAGUAGUGGUUCUUAGAUGCGGUUCUGGGACCCAAAGAAACAAUAUGGCCCCGGAACUUGGUAGAAAUGCAGAUUCUAGGGCCUCACCUCAGACCUGUUGAAUCAGAAAGUCUGCGUUGAAUACAGCAAUAUUUUAAUGAACCUUUCUGAAUGAGUUUCAUGCAUGAAGCAGCUUGAGAACCACAGGUCUAGGCCUGCUCCAAACUUUAAUCCUCACAAACGAUCAGAAUAAAGCCAAGAUAACUGACUCAAGAUGUCGUACUCAGUGCUCCUCGUGUGUGUUGCUGCCAUGUCUGCCUCCCUCUAAAACAGCAAUCAGGUUUGCCAUCUGUGUUCCAUACAUCGUCAACAAUAAUUGCCAAGCAAAUAAAUCCACUGUAGAAAUUAAGUCAUCUUUGCAAAAUUGAGAAUAAAGCAUGAAACUUCAGGUGUGUGCAAAUAAUUUGAAACUUGGAUUUGGAUUGUUUCCUAUAGUAUCUACAGAUCCAGUUUCCAGAUCAUUCCAUAGUUCUGUCCAGAAACCAGUGCAAAACAAGGCUGGCUUAGGCCCAGCUCAACUUCCCAGUGCUAGCAACGCUUUUUUUCCUUCCCAGACACUUGCAUCCAGAUUUGGCCUCAUUAGAUCACAGUUUUUGUCCUUGUGAAGUUGGUAAGUUUCAUCUAUGAUGGAGAAUCAUAUGCUUACUGAAUGACCCAUAGUUCUUUCUUUUGAAUUACUUUUCAUCUUAAGUCUCUUGUUCUCCUUUUUUCUCUUCUGAAAAGUUACAUAGUCCUGUCAAAUUCUUGCUGGAAUCUAGACAGCACGGAUGAGAACAAGAGAGAAUUAGCAGAUGCUGUCAAGGUAGCACAUUUAUUGGUGGGUAAAAGUGGGUCAGGACUGUCACUGUCAGAAGGACUUUGCAAGUGUUUCCUGAGUUCACCUCUGACCAUACAGAAUCUUUCACUGACCCAGUGCAGAAUUCUGAUCUCUUCUAUGGCUCCCACCAGACAGAGCUGACCAGUUUUGUGCCAGGCUCACUUCGGUCAUACAAAGCACUCUACCUUAUUCUAGCCUAUCCUGCUUGCCAUCAAACACCAAAUCCUUUCUGAGCAUCUCAGAGGCUCCCUCUUUGAGUC